UGAACGCACCCUCAUUUUUUGUCGCGGGUAAAUUUGCACCGAUAGAUCAAAACGAGCCCUGAAAUCGACUAUAUAGUUAGUGAGGGACACGCAUUUUAGUUGGCCUUAGUGGCAGCGCUUUUCAUUAAAUCCUAAAAAGAUUAGUUUAAGUUGCUGUUGUAACUCUUCCUGGUAGGCCGUCUCUUCACUCUGCCCCGGGCUCGAGCAGCUGACACAGACCAGACUGAUGUCGCACGGCAUGGAAGAAGAGGAUGAAUGUAGUCAAUGCACCGAGACGGACUCGGACUCGCCAGACAAGAAGAGAGGUGGAAAUGGUAAAGUCCGCUGGACUCAGGAGGAGGAUGAAAAUCUCAAAAUCCUGGUCAAUAGCUUUGGGAAAAAAGACUGGAAAGUCAUUGCCAGUUUCCUGCCGGGCCGCACGCUGCACCAAUGUAUACACCGCUGGAAAAAACACGUCAAUCCAGAUUUAGGAAAGAAGCCCUGGUCCAAAGAGGAAGACGAGAAGUUAAUGGAGCUGGUGGGCUUUUAUGGCACCAAACACUGGGAGAUUAUUGCCAAGCACAUGAAGGGGCGCCUGUCAAAACACUGUGAAGAGCGCUGGCAGAGCUACCUGGACCCAGUGAUGCAGAAGAGCUAUUGGACCAUCGAAGAAGAUCUCAUCAUCUACAAAGCCCAGGCUGUUCUGGGGAACCGCUGGGCGGAUAUUUCCAAGCUGCUUCCUGGAAGAUCAGACAAGUGUGUGAGGAAUCGCUGGAACGCUCCCAUCAAACGCAGGGCCGAGCUGGGCUGGUACAAAGAUGAAGCUGAAAGCAUCUCCCUCGAUCUGCAGCAGUUUAUAGAAGGAGAGGUGAACUUCAAAUGUGAUGUUGUACUAGAUGCUGAACCAGUAUUUAAGGAAUUGAUUCAGCCCAAGAAACCAGAGCAGCAGCAGAAGGAGUCUGUGAAACACAAGCAAGAGGAAGCUGCUUCUCCUCCAAAGGCUUUGCCACCAAAAGCAGAGGCUUCCUCCUCGAGUCCCCCUUCACGUCCCAGUUCAACGUCCAGUCCCAGCUCCACCUGCGCUGCUGCAGCCACGGAGAAGCAGGCGGAUCAGAAAAUGUUUGCUGAGGCUGCGCUGAGGAUGAUCGCUGAAGACAUGCUCCCACUCAGUUUCGUUGAAGGCGCAGGCUUCAGGUCGUUCAUGGGCACCAUCAGCCCCGAGUACAACAAGCUGACUCAGCGUUCUGUGGGUCUGCUGCUCUACGACCACGUGGAGAGAAACAUCAAGCCUCAGCUCAUCCGUGACCUCAAGGGCUCUCUUGCCCAAGCCAAAGGCAGUGAGGGCAUCAUUCAUGUCACCUUUGACCUCUGGACGGGGUCUCCGUCCCGACCGCAGGACAAUCCCAUCGUUGUCGUGCAGCUCCACUUUGUGAAUCAGGCCUGGCAGAUCCGUCGUCCCGUCGUGGCGUUCCGUCACCUCAGUCAGAAGAACCUCAGCACGGCCGUGGCCAAGGAGCUGGAAGGCGUGCUGCUGAGCUACGGCAUCUUUCCACAGAGAAUCGGCUACGUUCUCAGCAACCAGGCCAAAAUAGCCCUGACCAGAAACAACCUGUUCUGCAACUUCAAAGUCAUGUGUUCCUCUCAGCGAGGAGACCCAGACGGAGAAGAACUCGUGGCGUUACUCUCAGACCAGACCUCUGAAACAGAAUUGCCCUUCUCAGAGCUCCAGAUUGGGACCAGGACCGCCUGCGUUGCCAAAACGCUCCAAAUGGUGAUCGAGGACGCGUUGAAAAACUCCAGAGUUGUGGAGAACCUGCUCUUCCAGGUCCACAACGUGGUGGCUUUCUUCAAGAGCAGCACGUACUGGAGUGAGGUUUUGUUCAAGAAGAGCAACCUGUCGCUCUGCCCUCCUUCCACCAACUGCAGCUGGAACUCCAUGAUGCUGUCGCUGCGCCGCAUGGUGCAGGAGAGCGCCUGGAGCGCCACCAUGGCCGUCUUAUCCCACGCUCGCAUCGAGGCCAGCGACAGCAGCAGCAUUCCACCGCUGGUCAUUGCCAAGAGGGAGCAGGUGGUGGACAUUCUGGGCCUUCUGGAGCCUUUUGAGGAAGCUCUGCAGGUCCUGCAGGGGAAUGGUGUGACCGUCUCCAGCAUCGUACCAACCCUCGUUGUCCUUGAUAAGACAUUAGAGGACCGUUCCACUAACUACACUCACUUCCGCCGAGCUCUGCGCACGGGCCUCUGCAAACACUUCCAGUCUUUCAUUCAGGAGAAGGACUUGAUUCUAGCUGCUGUGCUCGACCCCAGGAUCAAACUGCAGCCAUUUUCUGAGGAAAAACUAAUGGACCACACAGAUUUCUUAGUCCCUCUGUCAAAGCGUGAGGCUCGCAGCAUUGUGGAAAGCGAAUGUGAGAGCUUGGAGGCCUCGGCUUGUCCUGUGGUGAAAGUAGAAAAGGAUGAAUCAGGCGGUGAGCUGAUGGAAUCACAGGCUGACGUUGGCAGCGGGACUGAGGCUACCGGAAACGGCCAGAAGCGCAAAUCCUCGGACAGCUCCCCCCAGCCGCCUGCAAAGACCAUGAAGACGUGCGAGGUUGAGGCGUACCUGUCCGAACCUCUGUGGGAAAACACCUCCAGCAUUAUCAUGUACUGGAAAUCUGCUGUCCGGUUCCCCAAGCUCCAGAGCAUUGCCAGGAGGCUGCUGGCGGUGCCAGCGACCUCUGGAGGGUUCGACCGGCUCUGCUCGAUGGCGCUGUGCAUCGUGAGAGCGAAGAGGAACCGCCUGCCGCAGCACACCACAGAGAGGCUCCUGCUGUACAAAAACUCUUUCAAGGCAAAACCUGCCAGAAAGCCCAACGGGGUCAGCAAACAGUGAAGAGGUCAAGCUGCAGUUCAGCGCCUUUGUUUUCUUCUUAAACUUCUCGAAGAGUUUCUGACCGAGAAAAGCUGAAAGAACUCAUUUCUUUUAUUAAAGUCUAUAUGUUCUGUGCGUAUUGUAAUAAAUUAGCAACUUUGUUUUUAAACAGUUGUUUAUUUUGGAAGUUGUUUGUUUAGUGAUGUUGUGAAGUUACUGUUUUUCUUUUGCAAAGUUUGAGGGAUUCAACUCUGACGGAUUGUUAAAUUCAUCUGCUGAUUUUAUUGCAGUCACCUUAUGUUUCUACUGUAAAAAUAAAUAAGACGGUAAACGUUU